AUGAAGCUCGCCGGCUUGUUUUUCUGCGCUUCAAUAGCAGCAGCAUUCCCUUUGACCUUACAGAACUCCCUAGAUGUCAAGUUGGAGCGACAGGGGAACUCCCAGAUUAAAGCUACCGUGACAAAUUUUGCUGGCUCGGGCCUCAACAUCCUGAAGCACGGAUCGAUUUUUGAUAACAAGCCAGUUGAGAAGGCUAGAGUCUAUUCUACAAGCAAGCUAUCUAUGGUGUACCCCAACCUUAACAACCUCAACCAAGAUUCAUUCGUUGCAAUUGGUGCUGGAGAGUCUAUCGAAGAGAUUUUCGACGUGGCCGAGUUCCAUAAUCUCGCAAGUGGCGGCAGCUUUACAAUUUGGACGGACGGAGUCUUUCAGUAUGCUCCGGAGGGGACUACCAAUAUUACGGGUAGCAUCCCCUUCAAGUCAAACUCGUUGAAGGCGGAAAUCGAUGGCGCUGAGGCUUCUAGCAUCUUCAAAGCCUCCGUGGCUCGGAGAGCCAAAGUUGCCAGUAGCUGCUCCUCCAAGACUAAUCUCCCUUCUGCUCUCUCGAGCUGCAAGUCAAUUGCUCAAAAGGCCUCCACCGCUGCGAAGAGCGGCGGCAGCAAGUUGACCGAGUAUUUCAAAUCGGACAGCUCCAGCGUACGCAGUACUGUUGCGAAUGUCUUCGAUAAGGUCGCCUCGGAGUGUGGCUCGACUACCGGCGGUAAUAUUAUUGUGGAGUGCAACGACGUUUCCAACUUUUGCGAGGGCAACAUUGCCUACGCAGACACCGUCAUCUCCACAGUCGUUUUCUGCCCCUACUGGUACACUAUGGCAACAAGUGGCGGGUGCCACGUUGAUACCCAGGCUGGAAUCGUUAUUCACGAGUUUACUCACAUCCCCUCGGUGAAAGGCACCGACGACUAUGGUGCUUAUGGGUAUGAAGCUGUCCGCGCUUUGACUGCGGCGCAGAACCUCAACCAUGCUGACACAUACCACAUGUAUUCUAACGCUAUUAACGUCGGAUGCUAG